CCAUGGCCGACCCCUCCUCCCCGGCCGCGCAGAAGCGCAGACGCGUGACUCUCACCCAUGCGCCGGUCUCCUCGGAGCUGAGCUCCCCGCUGCUCGUUGAGCUCCCCGUCGGCGCCAGCCAGCUCGAGGGCCUGCACUCGUUCAACCAGACGCGCGGGUCCUCGCGCAAGCCCCGCCGGUAUCUGGCCUCCGAUGUGGGACGCGUCCAGUUUGAGGCGUCGAACUUCGGGGAGAAUGCCCGCCGCACGGGCAGCCGCUACGCCAUCGGCAUCUUCGACAAGGCGUCCGGCACCGUGCAGGUCGUCGAGGUCCCGGUCUUCGGUGCCUCGAUGAAGAUCCAUGCUCUGGACAAGCUCCAGGUCCAGGACCACGACACGCCGAUCACCAGCGGCAAGGAUCUCGCCGACCGCCGGAACGACCUCGGCGAGACGUUCGGCGCGCGGAAGCUCGUGUCGCAGAUCCGCACCCAGGAGCGCAACAAGGUCAAUGUCGACAUGCUCCGGUCCUCGGCGUCGGCCAUCACCGAGACCCUGGACGCCCGGGUGGGCGCCAUGGCUGCCGACCUGCCGGACCCCGACGCGCCGGAGGCCGACCCGAUGGCCGCCGUGUCCGAGGACUCGCCGCUGCCGCCGUUCGACCGGCUGGCCGCCACGCCGGAGGACGUCUACCGCCUGGAUGUGCUCAUCCCCCCGGCCGAGGAGGCCGGCAUCAACAUCGCCCUCCUGCGUGACGCGGUCAAGGGCGGCCCGUCGGAGAUCGAGCGCGUGGUCAAGGAGCAUGAGCUGUGCAACUUCGUGGCCCGGCACCUGCGCAUCCAGCACGCCGCCGUCACCGCCAGCCAGCCGGUCCUUCGCAUGCUGGCCUACAUGACGGCGCUCGUGCGCCUGCUCCGGUCGCCCAAGUCCGUCAUCCAGAAUGAGAACAAGCUGACCUACCUCUUCGAGGAUGUCAUGACCGCCGACGGCGCGGCUCGCUGUGUCAGCAAGUUCGCCAACGCCGCGGCGGCCGGCGGCAGCAAGGCCGCCGCCGAGCCGGACGCCGACGAGGGGGCCAGCCCGACCCUGGCCAUCAAGGGCCGCGUGCUGUCCUCCUUCGCGCGCGACCUCCUGGUGUCCUACAUCCUGGCCCUGUGCCUGCAUCUGGAGAACUUCGCCCUGGACCCGGCCCUCAUCGCGCCGGAUCUGCUGCUUGACCGUAAGAAGAUCGCCACCUACCUCCGGAACAUGGGCUGCACCACGUCGCAGCGCCGCACGCGCACCUUCUCCGACGCCUCCGCCGGGUCGGGGGACUUCGUCGACGAGGAGGACGACGACUCCAAGGCCGACCUCACUGCCACCAACUCCACCGACAAGCCCACCGCCAAUGUGUAUGUCCUGCGCGUGCCGCUUACCUUCCCGCGGCUUAGCCGCGGCCGCGCGGCCCGCCGCUAAGAGGGUGCGUACAUGCGCGCGCGCGCGCACGUGUGUGCCCAUCUCUCCCCUCCCCCCUCCGGCCGUGGCCGCCGGCCGUGGCUGAGCACCCUUCCCGGGGCAAGUGGCGGGGUCGCGCCGGUGCACGGGCACAUGACGCUGCGCGCGUAUGCGCGCGGGUGUGUCCUGCGCACCGGAGGCCGGCCGCGCCCGACCUAGAUGCCUGGGACGGUGCAGCUGUGGCCGGCGCGCGCGGCCGGCGGCGGGGCUAGGGACCACCCGUCACGGCUGAUGCCCCCCUGCUAUGGCGGCGCCAGCAUCGCCCUUUGAGAAACCAUGUCCUUGUGUGUGCUUGUAAUAUAGUUGCACAGUGCU